AUGUCUUUCAAAUCGUUAAAACUUACCCCCGGCAGAUUGCUUGCUACCAUUCAUGACACGGCUGAGAAGUUCGGUGCCAAAGGAGUGUGGGGCCCAGCAUCGACUGAAACUGGAGUAUGUCGUCUCACGUUAAGCGAUCUUGACAAAGGAGUGAGAGAUUGGUUUAUCGCGGAAACGAAAGGCUUAGGCUGCGAAAUCAAGGUCGACCAGAUCGGUAAUAUUUUUGCCAUAUACCCAGGGAAAAAAGAAAAUGCCAAUGCUCUCCCAACAGCCAUUGGGUCUCAUUUGGAUACCCAGCCUACUGGGGGAAGAUACGACGGGAUCUACGGAGUGUUGUCUGGGUUGGAAGUGUUGAGAACACUAAAGGACAACGACUUUGUGCCCAACUACCCAAUUGCGCUUAUAGACUGGACCAAUGAAGAAGGUGCCAGAUUCCCCAUGUCGAUCAUGGCCUCGAGUGUAUGGGCUCAAAACAUUCCUUUGGAACGGGCCUAUAAGCUUGAGUCAGUGACAGAUGCCGAGCCUGUAACUGUAGAACACGAGUUGAAAAGAAUCGGCUAUUUGGGUGAAACUGCAGCCAGUUACCUUGCCAAUCCCAUUAAAGCUCAUUUCGAGAUUCAUAUUGAGCAGGGCCCUAUUCUUGAAGACGAGGACAAACUCAUUGGUAUCGUCACAGGAGUCCAAGCAUAUUCUUGGAUCAAGGUAAAAGUAUUUGGUAAGGCACAACAUACAGGGACUACACCUUUGGCAGCUCGUUCUGAUGCCUUGUUAGCAGCUUCCAAGAUGAUUGUCAAAGGUAACGAAUUGGCCAAGAAACAUAACUGUUUAUUCUCUGUAGGUGUUCUCAAUCUUCAACCAGCUGUAGUCAAUGUGAUUCCCGAACAUGUCGAGUUCAUUAUCGAUGUACGUCAUGUGAAGGAUGAUGGUUUGAGCGUAAUUUUGGAGGAGAUCAAGUCGGACUUUGUUCUGAUUGUUGGUGAUUCUGGAAGGGCUUUGACAGUCGAGUUUGACCACAUUUACACUUCAGAUGCUGUCAAAUUCCAUGAAGACUGUAUUUCUAGUGUAACCGAAUCAGCGGAAGAGAUAGUGGGAAAAGAGAAGGCUCGUACUAUCAUCAGUGGUGCUGGUCACGACUCAUGUGCUACAAGUACUAGAGUACCUACGUCGAUGAUCUUCAUUCCUUCGAAAGACGGAGUCAGUCACAACCCUGCCGAAUACAGUAAGCCGGAAGAGGUCCACACUGGAUUUGAAGUAUUGCUUAAUGCGGUGCUCAAGUACGAUAGCAAGAGAACUGAUUAA